CCGGGGGGACGUAGACGGACAGACAGGGACGCACCGUGAACGCAUCUGUCUCUUCUAUUUCUCUUCAUCCACUUCUCUAUUUUUUUUUUUUUCUUUUUAUUCUGGGAGAUUCACACAGAAAGACGCGCAGCUGGACUCAUUUUUCUUUCCACUUAAUCCACUUUGAAAUCAAUGAAGGAGAGACGCCCGUGUCAGAAAUUCUCUCUGAAAUCCGGCAUGGAUCCCAGUCAGAGUGUGAAGUGUAAGAUAGUGGUGGUGGGGGACAGCCAGUGCGGGAAGACUGCGCUGCUUCACGUGUUUGCCAAGGACUGUUUCCCUGAGAGCUACGUCCCCACAGUGUUUGAAAACUACACAGCCAGUUUUGAGAUCGACACGCAGCGGAUUGAACUCAGUCUGUGGGACACAUCAGGAUCUCCGUAUUAUGACAACGUAAGGCCUCUGUCCUACCCCGACUCUGACGCUGUCCUCAUCUGCUUCGACAUCAGCCGCCCUGAAACACUCGACAGCGUACUGAAAAAGUGGAAAGGUGAGAUCCAAGAGUUUUGUCCCAACACUAAGAUGCUAUUGGUUGGAUGUAAAUCAGACCUGCGGACAGAUCUGAGCACGCUGGUGGAGCUUUCCAACCAUCGACAAACACCAGUUUCCUACGACCAGGGCUCCAGCAUGGCCAAGCAGAUCUCGGCGCCCUACAUCGAGUGCUCGGCUCAGCAGUCGGAGAACAGCGUCAGAGACAUUUUCCAUGUGGCCACGCUGGCUUGCAUCAACAAAAACAACAAAAACGUCAAGCGCAGUAAGGCCUCCCGCGCCACCAAGAGGAUUUCACACAUGCCCGGCCGGCCUGACCUAGCGGCUGUGGCCUCGGACCUCCGGAAGGACAAAGCCAAAAGUUGCUCGGUCAUGUGACUGAUCAGACCGAGAGGGAUUAGACUGUGGAGAAAGAGGACUGAGCGCAGUGUAAGCAGGAAGCUAUGGGGCAACACUCUUUCCUGCAUGUCAAAGACCCCUUUUUUGUCUCUGAGGGGGUUUUAUAAGCUUCAAUUCAUGUACAUGUUACUGGAAUACUCUGCACCAAUGAAAACUGAAUGCGUAGAAAUGUCCCGAUCCGUGUGCCCCCCGCCCCAUCAGACAAGGAUGCUAUCAGUCAGCGGGCAACCUGGUCUGGGAAGUGAUCCGCAGCGGAUACGGUCGAGGCUUUCCACUGAAACAGGAAAUGAGCAGGAGGAGUGAUGUCACCAGGAGACGUUCCAUUGUGAAGGAAGAACAUGUGAUCUCUUGAAUGCGAGCCAAAGGUGGUGAUGGAGUGGGGGUCGCUGCUUGGGGAUAAAAGAAGAGCUGCUGCUGCUUGUGCUUGGAUCAAAGACUUAUCGCUGGGAGGGUUUAUACAGCAACAACUCGUCACUGUGGUUUGAUUCACUCUCAGUCCUUGAUCCUAGAACUGUCGGUCUGAGUGCAGACAAGAAUAAGAGGAAUUUCAUAGGAAACCUGACGCUGUUUGUGCCCUGUCUCUGAUAUGUUGUCGGUAUAAUGUGAAGUCAUUGGUGUAACUGUAGCAUUACUUUUAUUUUAGCUUAUCCUGAUAAGUUUAAACCAUAAACAGUUCAAUCUAGCAAUUGAACUAAGCCACUGUAGAUUGAAAAGUACUUGUCUGCACUAGUCAGACAGCCAUUCUGUGCCUGUAUAUUUCACCUCAGCAGCCAUAGAUGCAUAAUUAGUCUCUGCAGAAAGAUUUUGGUAGAUGUUCUGCGCACUGACAGCUUUACGGGCCUUUCUAGUCGACAGCAGAGAACAAAAGGCACAAAACUCGAACCAGCCUCUUUAGGAUUUGGACAAUGCUGUAAUGUGCCCCAUCAUUUUCACCAAUUCUUGACAUUGUUUUUGUAGUUCAGAGAAAUCACUGACGCAACAUUUAAAAAAAAAAAAAAAAACUUCUAAUGGACCCUUAAUGGUCCAAAAGGCUUAGGCUGAGCAAUGCUUUGACAAGUAAAAAUCUGACUAAUUCUGUCAAAUGAGGAAGAAUUCACAGCUUGAGCGCUGACUCACUUUUCCUCUGCAGAGAAUGGAGGUGAAAAUAACAAUUAAAGCCUGUUUAUUAGGCUCUGGAAACAUCAAAUGGCUUUGCAUCUCUCUGAACUUUUGUGACUGCUCAUGGGUAAAAUGUUCAAACUCCAUUUUACAUGGUUUAAGAUUUAUUUAGGUCAUUACAGUGUUUGAGUUUCAUGACCCUUAAGAGGCCCGUGAGGCUCAUUUGUUUGUCAUAAUGUGACAGAAAAAAAUAAUAGAAUUUUCUUAAGUGUCUUUAAAUUUGUGGUUUCCCUCCAGCAACAAAAACCUGUUGAAAUAUCAGAGGCAUUGAUGCACUUUUAAUGUAACUUCCCAAACACACUCAAAUGUCAGCGCUGCCACUUUUGGCAGAUAAGCGGCACAAUGCGUAUCAUCAUUUUCUCAUCUGUUGUCUCCUCCCCAUGUUGAUGUCACUUUCAAAUGUCUUUGCCAUUGUUGUUGCCACAAUAUUUAUUGAAUUAUAUAUUUUCCCUUUAGAAUAAAUGCAAAUGUAAUUGAA